GUGUGAUGUCAUAACAAACGUGCUGAUUCAUUUGUCUGGAGCUGUGAAAUAGAAUUUUCGAGAACGGGAGUUUUAUGCACUAAUUUGCUGUCUGAAGAUUAUGAGAAGUGAAGAUGUCACUCCGAAGGGAAAGAUGAGAUGAUGGAAGUGUCGUUUGUUCAAUCUGGAUAGCAUUUAUGAUGAAUGUUAUACGGUGCCUCACCACAAUGGCAGGGAUAUGCUUGUGACUAUUUUUAGCACUGGUUGAAAGAAGCAACAGAUAGACAAAAACAAAGAAAAAACUCAAAAUAUUUUCGAAGAACAUUUGACAUACAGGCCUACUUUCCUUACACUUUUGGAGAUACAGUCAAACAGUAACAGGACACAGCCAUUAUGAUCAAGCAGUACUUCACGGAUGGACUUAUCCAAAUAGCGAUAAUACUCAGCCUUCUGAGAACUGAUCUCAAUAAUUGGCACUUACAUAACAACUACAUAAACUACCCAGAAGUUCAAGACAUCAUUCUUGGACAAUCAUUUGCCUACACAACAACAAACUUUCAUAACCAGUACAACACCCAGAACAGUCCAGGUGGAAGUGUACAUCCCAAAAAUGUAGACAAUGACUUUUUCUCUUCAAUUUUUAGAGAUUUACGAAGUUUAUCAAGAUUUCGACGUUUUGAUGGAAUCGCUACUGAAGUUAAUGCUUUUUUAGUUAGUGAAACCACUUUUGGGCUACCUGCUACUGCAGCCAGUGGCCCUCCUCAGUCACAUUCCAGUGAAGAUUCCAAUAACAAUAACCAUGCUCAUCCUGCCAUACCAAAUGCAGAGACAUCUGCAUCAUUGGUCCAAGAAAAUGUUGACAAUCAAGCCUCUACAUCAGAAGGUGUAUGUUCUGUGACUGAUGGUGAUGAUAGUGUAGGUGCAGUUGGGGUUCCACCACCCUCUGAACCAGGAAGUGAACCUACAGAUGAGGACUUGGAUCUAAUUGAGGUAUUAUGGCGACAAGACAUAGACCUGGGUGUUGGGAAGGAGGUUUUUGACAUCAAUCUCCGACGAGAACUUGAGCGGGACAGAGAGAUAGAGCUACAGAAAAAGAGAGAAAAGCAAAAGGAACUUGAGCUACUCAGACUAAAGGCAGAUGAAGAGAAGCGACAGCAGCAGCAGCAAUGGCUAAGCCAGAAUUUCAUGCAGGAUGGAGAAACUGGCGAAUGGGUUCCCCUGAAUGGCUCGGUGUCUCUCCAGUCCUCGCCCCCACAGAUGCCUCCAGAUGUCCUCACCAACUCCCAGCUGCUAAACAGUGCCUUAUCCUUGGAGGAGGCACUGGACAUCUUGCAUGCCGAGACUGGCACAUUUGUUGACCCCGGCUACACUGUGCCCGACGACAACACACAACUGCCCAUGCCACCCCAGUCACACAUCAGCCCCACAGUGCCAGCUGUGGAGAAUUUUCUGCUGGAAACAGAGAACUACCCCACACAGGCUGUGCAGCAGCCUCCACAACACCUCUCAGCAAAUCUGAACAGACAGGAGAGUCUGGACCAGCACUGGGAUGACCUCGUCAGCCUGCUGGAUCUGGCUGGAGUGAACAGUUCCCAGCUGAACAUGACCAACAUGAACCCCACACAGCUGAAUAUGAGCCAGUUGAAUACCGCCAGUACUGGGCCACAGAUGAAUGUCACAAACAUAAACACUCCAUCAAUGAAUAUCACCACAUUGACCAGCAUGGCGUUGAACAUGAGCAACGAGGCAAACACAACAAGCGUUAUGACUUCUCAGUCGGUACAGAGCCCCUGCAUCAACAACAAUGUGCUGCUGCAGAAUGCCACUAUGCCAGCUCCAGUGGCCGAUGUCACAAUGCCUGUUCCAGUCACCAACACAACUCAAAGCAUGACGCCCAUCAAUAGCACAGGAUUCCUGCCCCCAAGCCAGGAGUUCAACUCCUCUGUGCCCAACACAGACACCAUGGGUGGCCUGGACUGGGAUACCAGCGAAAUGCUCUUCUCAAAUGUCACUGGCACAGUCAAUCAGACCGAGGGUCUCGAAGACAUUGAUGGCAUCCUGCCCAACUUCCUGCCAGAAGAUGAGCUUGAUCUGGCCAUCAAUGAAGGACUACAGACCAUGCAGAUGUUGGAUGAAGCCAGUAGCGAUUCUGCUGUGUCGAUGGGCAGUGCUUCUCCAAUGCAGGAGUUAAGUGAGUCAAACGUCAUGUCUCCAUAUGAUGGUCUGGAGGGUGCAACUGGCGGCAGUGACUACGGCAGCCCUACCUACUCCAAGACUUCCAAGUAUGAGCCUGAUGAAUACCAUUACAGCUACUCCUGCAGCUUCGGCCACAGCGACUCCUCCCAGACAAACUAUUCCACAUCCUCCAAUGACACCGAUGUCAACAAGCCUCUUGGUGGCAACAACCACAUCAAUCACAAUCAUACAUAUCCUCUUAAGCCCGGAGCAUCUCCCAAGGAAAUAAAGACAAGCAUGAGGACAGACAAGCCAAAGACAAAGGGUCCCCAUGCUCGAGAUCAAAAGCGUGCCCAUGAGCUGAAUGUCCCCUUCACGAUUGACCAAAUCAUUGAGUCUCCAGUGGAGGAAUUUAACGAGAUGAUCACGAAGUACAAACUCACAGAGCCACAAAUACAACUCAUCCGAGAUAUCAGGAGAAGAGGAAAAAAUAAAGUUGCUGCUCAGAAUUGUCGGAAAAGAAAAUUAGAUGUUGUGGUAACCCUGGAGGAUGAGAUGGACAACCUGAAGGAGAUGAAGGAACAGCUGGUGAGGGAGCGGCAGCAGAUCGACAAGCAGACACGCGAGAUGAAAGAGAAGUUCAGCCACAUGUACCAGGAGAUCUUCCAUUCACUGCGGGAUGAACAUGGCCGCCCAUAUGAUCCAAAUGAGUACUCUCUCCAGCAGUCCAGUGAUGGCAAUGUAUUUCUCGUUCCCAGGAAUUACAGCUCUGAAGACCAACUUGCCAAUGGGAACAAGAAAAGGAAAAAUAUCAAGAAAGAUGAUUGAGGAAACAGAAUAUAUCAUCAUUGAUCAUAUUGAGUGUUAUUGAAAGGUAACCCCUUGAGGUCUACUGUGGCGUUGAAUUUUGGAUUCCCAUUUGUUUUUCGGGGCUUUUAGAUUCAGGGAUGAUCUUGAAAGUAACUUGGAACACGCAAAUACUGAACUUGUGGACUGGGUCUUGACUAAGCCAGUGUUUACUUGUUGCAUAUGCCGAGUGAUGAAAAAAGCCAGUCAUGGUAGGUGUGUUAGGUGGAUCAUUUAAUGGUAACUGAGGUUGUGAUAGCUAUUUUUACGGUUCCUUUCUAUUGCUGUUUCAUUAUGGAUAGUAUUGGGGAUUGAGACCCAAGGGGUUAACUGAUGUAAGUGUUAAUACCACGAUUGACAGUGACCAUCUGGCAUGGGAUUCAUUGUACAUCUGACAACUCGCGGAAGGAAAUUGAGUAGACAGAGACCCAAAAAAAUCAUGCUGGAAGUUUUACCUAAAAAGAACAUCCAUUUUGUUUCUUUGUGAAGGAAGCUGGUAUGAUUUUGAUCUUCCUUCCUGAUAAUACUAACAGCUGGAGCUAGUGGAGUGAGAUAUGGUGGUACUCAGCUCCCGGUAUAUUUUUGGAACAGUUCAGAAACUGAGAGUAGCGUUGACUUUGUGUAUUGACUUGCAUAUAUUGUAUGGGCUUGGAGUUCUGGUGAAGGGUAAUUCACAUCAACCACACCCUAUCAUAGCAUCAUAGCAUGGCCAUCAUAGGUUACCAUUUGUAGCAGCUUACAUAGGAGCACAUGUGACAAAUGCUUGCCUUGUAAUUAUCCCAAACCAUUUGAAUUAACAUUCAUGACUUUCAUUAACUGCAAUCUGUACUCCCCCCUUGUCUCCCAUCUAGCUUUACUGCUUGAGAUAAUGGAAAUAAGGAGGCACAGGAUAGUAGUCCAGUCAGGAGCUAUGCCCGGAUGGGCUGUAUUGUUCCAUAUCUAGCAAACUGCUCCCAAGAAUUAAGCAAGACAAGCACUUGAGAGAGGUACAAGGCAGAGUAGUUGGUUCUUGGCUUAUCUAGACAUCAUUAAUAAUUACAGGGGUGAAAAUGAGCAGUUGAGUAACCAGAUGUUAAAUGAACAAAAACCUAUGUAGAUUUGAAUUAUUUGAUUCCAAAUGCUAGAACUGUCGAUAUCUCUGUGCCUAGUUACCUCUUUGACAAGUGUUGCUCUGCUUUUAGGUGACAUUUCUAGAUGUUGAGCUUUCGUAGGGAUUUCGCUCGCUUCAGGAGGUCUAGAUUGCUUACUAAUGGGAGGGUUUGCUUUGUUCCAUUUUCAUCCAACACAACACAACAAUGUGAGAAGAAUAUCCUGGAGAGGCUUGAAUAAUGCAGGACAUCAACUAUUCUUUUAAUCUACUUACCAUGCUUGUGUGAGAAAUACAGAUGUAGACCCUAUUUGGCAAAUCCUGAGUACAUAUUGGUGAUAUGUACUCUUAUAAAUGUGAUGUUCAGUUCUGCUUCCAAACAUGAUGAAAUCAAAAACCCACCUUUCUUGUAGAAUACCAUUUAAUCUGAAACAGUAUAUAUACAUGUGUGAUAUUAUCUUUAUUAAGCCUCAUACAUUGUUUGUUUUUGAAUCGUUUAGUAAACAAGUCUUACGGAAAUGGAUUUGUUACGCACACUUGAUAAGUUGCAACAUGUUACUAAUAUUUUUGAUCAAUUAUUGAACUCCAUUAUCUGAUUAUUUUUUGUAAUAUAUUCAACAUAUUUGUUAUCCUGAGUGAAAGAACCAUUCAUGCUGUUGUUGAUUGUACAUAUUCACAUGUCAUCUGUAUAUAACUUGAUUAACAUGUUAUCGUUGUGAGAGGAGUUGCACCGGUUCACAUUGUCCUCAUUGGCCAUGUUAAAGUCCAUUGACUAAGAUGUGGCUUCAGCAAGGUUAAGGAAAACUAAAUUAUUUUUGACAACUGUUUAGUUUCACAUUCGGAAAUGGUUGGAUUUUGAUCGGCAUCUUUCCCAGUCACCAUCAGUGCUCCUCGUGUAUCGUAUUGUGCUAUUUCAUCUUGAAUGUCAAACGGUUUUACUGAUGUUUAUCUUGUGUUCAACAUUAUUUGUUACAAUGUGCAUGGAUAUAACGUUUGCCUGGAAUGAAGAGACACGUUGAAAUUGAUUUCUGACAAUUGUUUGACAUGUUAAACACAAGAUUUACGACAUGUUUGGUCAUGAACAUGAAUCAAGAUAUUACAACUUUUCUUGUAAUUAUCAUUACUCUUAUGUUAAGGUGUUUUGAGGCAAUGUUUUUGAAGAAAGGCUGGUGUUUUGUUACUAUGGUUACCAUGCAGAGUUGGUUCUCAACCUGUUGAUUGAGAGAGUGUCAGACUGAGCUUGAAUGUAGUAUUUACCUUCUUCAAAAGAAAUAAAGGUGAAGAUUUUUUUAUAUA